GCAAACCUAAUCAGAGAGAUAAGAGAGGAGGAACUUAGCUAAAUCAGAGAUAGAGAGAUGGGGAGGUCGCCUUGUUGCGAUGAGAAUGGUCUAAAGAAAGGGCCAUGGACACCUGAAGAAGAUCAAAAGCUUGUUGAUUACAUUCAUAAACAUGGCCAUGGAAGCUGGAGAGCCCUCCCUAAGCUCGCAGAUUUGAAUAGGUGUGGCAAGAGUUGUAGACUGAGGUGGACAAAUUAUCUAAGGCCAGAUAUUAAAAGAGGAAAGUUUUCAGCGGAAGAAGAGCAAACAAUCCUCCAUCUCCAUUCCAUUCUUGGAAAUAAAUGGUCUGCUAUUGCGACGCAUUUGCAAGGACGUACUGAUAAUGAGAUCAAGAACUUUUGGAACACACAUCUAAAGAAGAAACUGAUCCAAAUGGGAAUCGAUCCCGUGACUCAUCAGCCAAGAACCGAUCUUUUCGCAAGCUUACCUCAGCUCAUAGCCUUAGCAAACUUAAAAGACCUCAUUGAACAAACAUCACAAUUCUCAUCCAUUCAUGCUGAAGCUGCUCAACUAGCUAAGCUACAAUAUCUCCAAUACAUGCUUAAUUCUUCUGGUGCAUUGACCAACACCAAUGGUAACAACAAUAGCCCAAGUAGUAUUCUCGAUAUUGAUCAGAACCAUGCCAUGGACCUCUUAAACUCCAUGGUCUCUUGGAACAAAGAUCAAAACCCGGGUUUUGAUCCAACUCUUGAGCUCGAGGAUAACAAUCAAAACCAAGGUUUAUUUCCACUUGGUUCUAUCAUUGAUGCUCCAACCACCCAACCACUCCAACAAGAAGAAUACCAUUUAAACAAUAGUCCUCCUAGUGAGCUACCAUCACAAGGUGACCCACUUCUUGAUCAUGUCCCUUUCAAUCUCCAAACACCUUUGAAUAGUGAGGAUCACUUUAUAGAUAACUUGGUCAAACAUCCAAUAGAUCACCAUGAGCAUCAUGAGCAUGAACAUGAUGAUCCAUCUACAUGGGUUCUCCCUUCUCUUAUAGACCACAACCCUAAAAAUCUCACGCCUUCUUCUCUUCCACACAACAAUCCAGAGGACGCAAGUAGCAGCUCAAGCUAUGGAGGUUGUGACGCUGCCUCUUUUUAUUGGCCUGACUUUUGCUUCGACGAAACCCUCAUGAACGAUAUUUCUUAGUUACUCUUUAUUUAGUCCCUUUUUUUUUCUUCUUCUAAAUUUCUGUUAUUAGGUCUCUAAUCACAAUCUAUACCGACAUUGUACUCGAGUUACGUUUCGUUUUGGUGUUUUGUAAGUAGAAGGUGUGGUUCGUUUAUCAUCUUACGUUUUAAGUUUUAUGUAAUUAGACACGAGUCACGACAUAUAUACUAGAACCUAUGGGUGUACGAAGUUUUAAAUAUAGAAUGUUUCAUUACAUAUAUAGAAAUGGUUUGAUGCA